UCCUUCCCAUCUCGGUCCCUGUUUCCAUUUCUCUUCUCUUGUUUCUCUGCUCUCCGCGGCUCCGCUCCCAGCGUCGCUUUUGAGCCCAUCGGAAUGCGUGAGGAAAGCAGAGGAGGAGCGGCGGAGGAGGAUCGGAAGGAGGCGAGCUGAGGCCGUUUUGCCCUCCUCGGUGGGAGCUGCGGCGCCUGGAUGCGAUGGUGGUCUGAAGGCCGCGGAUGCAAGAUGGUGGUCUCGUAGGGAUCCACAAAGAAUCUUGGAAGCUUUGGAUUUUAGGGUUUUGAACUGUGAUCUUUUUGGCAACCUACAAGCCGGAGUGAAAUGAAACAAGCUUGGGGUUUCUAGUCAGAUGAAAUGAACCUGGUGUCCUAGCUCAAAUGUUAAGAGCAUUGUGCCAUGGGCUUCUGAUCUCUUCCCUGCUAUUUUGCGCAUCUGCGAUUGAGAUUGGGUACUCACGAUGCAACUGCGAUGGGGACAACAGCUUUUGGAACGUUGAGAACAUUUUCCAGUUCCAGAAAGUGAGCGAUUUCUUCAUUGCCGCUGCCUACUUCUCCAUUCCCCUCGAGCUCUUGUACUUCGCCACAUGCUCCAACCUCUUCCCCUUCAAAUGGAUCGUCUUCCAGUUCGGCGCCUUCAUAGUCCUAUGCGGACUCACACACUUGCUAAACGUGUUCACUUACGAGCAGCAUUCGUUUCUCCUGAUGCUGAGCUUGACCAUUUCCAAAUUCUUCACGGCACUCGUGUCCUUUGCUACGGCAAUCACCCUGUUAACCUUGAUCCCUCAGCUCCUGCGAGUGAAGGUGAGGGAGAACUUCUUGAGAAUAAAAGCUCGGGAAUUGGACAGGGAGGUUGUCCUGAUGAAGAGGCAGGAAGAGGCCAGUUGGCAUGUAAGGAUGCUGACUCAAGAGAUCCGCAAAUCACUGGACAGACAUACCAUCUUAUACACCACCAUGGUUGAGCUGUCGAAAACAUUGGGCCUGCAAAACUGUGCAGUGUGGAUGCCAGAUGAGAGUAAGAAGGAGAUGUACCUAACUCAUGAGCUAAGGCAGAGGAGCUCCUCGGAUUUGUACGGUCGUUCUAUUCCGAUUGAUGACCCAGAUAUAUUAGAAAUUAAAGAAACCAAGGGUGUCAAGAUGCUCGGUACUGACUCUGUGCUUGGCUCUGCAAGUAGUGGAGGUAUGCUCGAACCAGGAGCCGUGGCUGCGAUACGGAUGCCGAUGUUGAAGGUUUCCAAUUUUAAAGGUGGAACACCAGAAGUCGUCCAAGCAAGCUACGCGAUACUGGUUCUGGUCCUCCCUAGGGAUGCUGCGAGGGUUUGGAGUGAUCAGGAACUAGAGAUUGUUGAGGUGGUGGCGGAUCAGGUUGCUGUUGCCCUCUCCCAUGCUGCAGUUUUAGAGGAAUCACAAUUGAUGAGGGAGAAGUUGGCAGAACAGAAUCGAGAUUUGCUUCAGGCAAAACGAAACACUUUAAGGGCAAGUGAAGCAAGGAACCAGUUCCAAGUUGCCAUGAGCCAGGGUAUGAGGAGACCCAUCCAUUCCAUCUUGGGUUUGUUGUCAAUGAUGCAGCAAGAGAAAUUUAGCCCCGAACAAAGGCUUAUCAUUGAUACUGUCACAAAAAGCAGCAGCGUGGUUUCAACAUUGGUCAAUGAUGUGAUGGAAAUGUCUUGUAUAAACAGUGAGCGAGUAUCCUUGGUAAUGAGACCAUUCCACCUACAUUCUAUGAUCAAGGAAGCCAUAACUGCUGCAAGAUGUCUUUGCGAUUAUAGGGGGUUUGGUUUCAAUUUCCAGGUAGAAAAUGAAGUGCCUAAUGGGGUUGUUGGUGACGAGAAACGAAUUUUUCAUGUGAUACUGCAUAUGGUUGGUUCUGUUUUAAGUGGAUGUGGUGAGGGUUUGCUGAUGUUCCGGGUUCUGAGGUAUGAUGGGAUCAAAGACAAAGAAGAUCAGGAAUGGGUUCCUUGGAAAUCAAACUUUUCUGAUGGGUAUGCUUGUGUGAAAUUUGAGGUUGGGUUAAAAAGAACAGAAACUGACAAAUUUAGUUCAUCAUCGGUUCAGCUUUCUCAAGUACCAGAUUCAGAAGUUUUGGAGAUGGGCCUUAGCUUUAGAAUGUUUAAGAAGCUCGUGCAGAUGAUGCAGGGAAAUAUCUGGGAAGUUAAAAACCCCCAAGGCGUCACAUCAAAUAUCACAUUAGUACUUCAAUUCCAAUUGCAGCGGUUGACAGCCAUGCCUGAGGCCAGAGGAUCUUUUGAGCUGCAUUCCGCAUCUUCCACCCCCAAUUUCAAAGGCCUCAGAGUUCUACUAGCUGAGAGUGACGACAUCAACAGGGCUGUUACUCGCAAGCUCCUCGAGAAACUGGGUUGCCGCGUUUCAUCUGUCACAUCUGGAAUUCAGUGCCUGAGCUCAUUUGGUGCCCCACCGACACCCUUUCAGCUGAUAAUAUUGGACCUUCACAUGCCCCAAAUGGAUGGGUUUGAAGUGGCAAUGAGAAUUAGGAAAUUUAGAAGCAGGUCUUGGCCUUUGAUUGUGGCUUUGACGGCAAGUGCUGAGGCUGAUAUAUGGGAGAAGUGCUUGCAGUCUGGGAUGAAUGGUUUAAUAAGAAAACCUGUAACGCUACAGUCAAUGGGAGAUGAGCUUUAUAGGGUUCUCCACAGCUCGUAGGCAUGUUUGAUGUAGCAUCGGCACUCAUGAGUUCUGUUUCCGUCCCAAUCUGAUUUUUUUCUCUUCUUUUGUAUUCAACAGAGUUUUGUAACACCAUCAAUAUACAAGUAUGCACACUUGAAACAUGUAUACAGAAAUCAGAUAAUGGCUUUUGAUUCA